ACCAGAGCCCGCGCUGCGUUCAGGGGCGGGCGGAGGCGGAGGCAGCAACGCUGCAGGAUGCUCCAUGUCAUGGCUGUCAAACCCCGUGACUGCUAGAUAAAAAAAAACCCUUUCUCAUGCAAGAUUUACGACGGUGAUUUACACCAUGUCCGCUGCAGCUGUCGCGGUCUGGCUCGGAGCGGUUUACAUUGUGCAUGCCUAUGCUGCAACACGGAGCGCUUUACAUGAGAGAAAUGUCCAUACGGAGCCAUCCAAAGUCUUGAGGCUGAGAGCAGCCUGGCACAGAGACGUGAUCACCAUCUUGUCGAGGUCGCAUGCGGAGCUAAAUGUCUACCCAUCUGCCGGGGUGCUUUUUGUCCAUGUUCUGGAGAGAGAGCACUUUAAAGGAGAAUUCCCUCCUUACCCCAAAUCAGGUGAUGCCAGCAAUGACCCGAUCACCUUCAACACGAACCUGAUGGAUUUCCCUGACAGGCCCGGAUGGUUGCGCUACAUCCAGAGGACUCUGUAUAGCGACGGCGUACUCUAUGGUUCUCCCACUGCAGAGCACGUGGGCAGGCCCACAGUCAUAGAGAUUACUGCCUAUAACCGACGCACGUUUGAGACAGCGCGGCACAACUUGGUCAUAAACAUCAUGGCCACAGAAGAGUUCCCCUUGCCUUACCAAGCAGAGUUUUACAUCAAAAACAUGAACGUGGAGGAGAUGCUGGCCAGCGAGGUUCUGGGAGACUUCCUGGGCGCAGUGAAGAACGUUUGGCAGCCCGAAAGGCUCAAUGCUAUCAACAUCACCUCAGCGCUGGACCGCGGCGGCCGUGUGCCCCUCCCCAUCAACAACCUAAAAGAAGGUGUUUAUGUGAUGGUCGGUGCUGACGUCCCGUUCUCGUCGUGCCUGAGGGAGGUGGAAAGCCCGCACAAUCAGCUGCGCUGCAGUCAGGAGAUGGAACCUGUCAUCAGCUGUGACAAGAAAUUCAGAGCUCAGUUUAACAUCGACUGGUGUAAGAUUUCCUUGGUUGAUAUCAACAAAGUAGUUCCGGUAUACAUUACCCGCCCCGACCCAGGUACGGGGAUCCUGCCUGAAUUUGGGGAGUACAACCCUCCGUCUGAGUCUCUGAAGAGUCGGGACUACUUUUCGGACUUCGUCGUCACGCUGGCUGUCCCCUCCGCUGUGGCACUAGUUCUCUUCUUCAUUCUCGGUUACGCCAUGUGCUGCAAACGGGAAGGGGUGGAAAAAAGAAACAUGCAAACACCAGACAUCCAGCUGGUUCACCACAGUGCCAUCCAGAAGUCCACCAAAGAGCUGCGGAGCAUGUCCAAGAACCGGGAGAUCUCCUGGCCGCUAUCCACCCUGCCCGUCUUCAACCCCGUCAGCGGCGAAGUGGUGCCACCUAUUCACCCCGACAACUUCGAGACCACCAGCAUGCCCCUGAUGCAGACGCAGUCGAAUCUUCAAAACCAGAUAACGAUACCACAGCAGAGGCCAUCAGGAGAGAACUAUGUCAUGUCAACAUUUCGAAGGCUGGAGGUAAAUGGUAUUCCUGAGGAAAGAAAGGUGGCAGAAGCACUGAAUUUAUGACCCCAAUCACCUGUGGGAGAGCUGCCUUUCCACAUUUGUCCGUGUUUUCUAACAUUUGUGCCAAAAUGCAUGUCUCACAAGUUGGGUUUUAUCGUCUGUAUGCACGUACACCUUAAUUAGUGAGAGUGUGAUGAAGAACAGAGGAGCUUAAUCGAUUUUUAAGGAAGAUUUUUUGAAAUAUUUGUGUAUUUGUUAAAUAUGCCUAAUAUGUCUAUAUCUCUACUUGCUUUGCACAAUGGACUUCUUCAAAGGGGAGUUUCAGUUGUCAUGUGUUCAAGUGUCACAUAACAAUAAAUUCUUUCA